AGAAUGAAUAACACUUUUGACAGACAAGACGGAUGUUAGCUUUUUUUCUUUAGCUAUCCAGCUCCAUAACAGGGUUGUGUCCUUUGUUGUGACCUCAUGGUUUAACUGGGAAUAAAGAUGAGUAUAAGCAGUGAUGAGGUUAACUUCCUGGUAUAUAGAUACUUGCAAGAGUCAGGGUUUUCCCAUUCAGCAUUUACCUUUGGUAUAGAGAGCCAUAUCAGCCAGUCUAACAUAAAUGGUGCUUUGGUGCCACCAGCUGCUUUGAUUUCCAUCAUCCAGAAAGGUCUGCAGUAUGUAGAGGCAGAAGUCAGUAUUAAUGAGGAUGGUACCUUGUUUGACGGUAGGCCGAUAGAGUCUCUCUCACUGAUAGAUGCUGUAAUGCCUGAUGUGGUACAGACAAGACAACAGGCCUACAGAGAUAAACUUGCACAACAGCAGGCAGCAGCUGCUGCAGCUGCAGCCACCACUAACCAACAGGGAUCAGCAAAAAAUGGAGAAAAUACUGCAAAUGGAGAAGAGAAUGGAGCACAUACUAUAGCAAAUAAUCACACAGAUAUGAUGGAAGUAGAUGGAGAUGUUGAAAUCCCUCCCAACAAGGCAGUGGUGCUGCGUGGCCAUGAAUCUGAAGUAUUCAUCUGUGCCUGGAAUCCCGUUAGUGACCUUUUGGCCUCAGGAUCUGGAGAUUCGACAGCACGGAUAUGGAACCUCAGUGAAAACAGCACGAGUGGCUCCACGCAGCUGGUACUUCGACACUGUAUACGGGAAGGAGGGCAGGAUGUCCCCAGCAACAAGGACGUGACAUCGCUGGACUGGAACAGUGAAGGUACACUUCUAGCAACUGGGUCGUACGAUGGCUUUGCGAGGAUAUGGACUAAAGAUGGUAAUCUUGCCAGCACCUUAGGGCAACAUAAAGGUCCUAUAUUUGCGUUAAAAUGGAACAAGAAAGGAAACUUCAUUUUAAGUGCAGGAGUGGACAAGACCACAAUUAUUUGGGAUGCCCACACUGGUGAAGCCAAGCAGCAGUUUCCUUUCCAUUCUGCACCAGCAUUAGAUGUUGAUUGGCAGAGUAACAACACAUUUGCCUCUUGCAGUACAGACAUGUGUAUUCAUGUCUGUAAACUAGGACAAGAUAGGCCCAUCAAAACCUUCCAGGGUCACACAAAUGAAGUAAACGCAAUCAAAUGGGAUCCAACUGGUAACCUUCUGGCAUCCUGCUCUGAUGAUAUGACUCUAAAGAUCUGGAGUAUGAAGCAAGACAGUUGUGUUCAUGAUUUACAAGCACACAACAAAGAAAUUUAUACUAUCAAAUGGAGUCCUACAGGACCAGGAACAAAUAAUCCAAAUGCCAAUCUUAUGUUAGCAAGUGCAUCCUUUGACUCUACUGUUAGGUUAUGGGAUGUAGACAGAGGAAUUUGUAUUCAUACUCUGACAAAACAUCAAGAACCUGUGUACAGUGUAGCUUUCAGUCCUGAUGGCAGGUACCUGGCCAGUGGCUCCUUUGAUAAAUGUGUGCACAUCUGGAAUACACAGACAGGUGCCCUAGUCCACAGUUAUCGGGGAACAGGAGGGAUUUUUGAGGUUUGCUGGAAUGCAGCAGGAGACAAAGUUGGAGCAAGUGCUUCAGAUGGUUCAGUUUGUGUAUUAGACCUCCGGAAAUAGCGCUACUAGUUGGAAGCCAUGGACCGACUAUGAAUGUGUACAUAGCCAAAAUGACUGUCCCUGACCCAUGUACUGCUAUAGUCCCAAUUGAACCAUGGCCAGUCCACUACAGCCAAACGUAAAAGAAAUAUAUACAUAUACUGUAUAUAACAAAAAAAAAGAAAAAGAAAAAAAAAAAAUUACACCCUGAAGAGGAUGACAGAGUUUUGUCACAGCUUGUGAAUCCUGUUCACCAAGUGCUGGAAUCUGCUGUGCCCCAAAAUAACGCUUAAAGGUUUUGGAUAUGAAAAACAGAAGAGAGAGAGAGAGAGAGAGAAAUAUACAAGAGCAGACCCAUAUACAUACCAAAUUCAGAAGAUACUAAUGGCAGCCUUCAUUACCCCUUCCUCCCCCUUUUAAAUCCAUAACAAUGGAUUGUGGGGUAUUUUUGUUUUCCUUCUCAGUAGUUGAACAGUUUGUGUGUACAGAGAAAAUGGACUUACAGAAAUCUGCAGCAGUAGUUUUUUUUCUUUGCUUUUAAACAUUGGGUUUUCUGUUUUGUUUUGGUUAAGUUUAUGGAUGCAUGAAGUAAGGGAGUGAAUUAGUUUCUUGUUUAUGUUCUUUUCACCUUGGGAAAAAAAAAAUGUUCCUUUGAAACAUAUUUUAAUGCAUUCUUUGAAGAGGUAGAUUGAACCUGAUGAUGUUUGGUACAUUUUGUGGCUCCCAGAGCACAAUUUUGUGAACAGAGGGAGGGUGGAAAAGGGAUUAUGGAGAGAGAAGAAAAAAAAAAAAAAUCCUUCUUCGAGGCGUGGUAUUUCAUGUCCUCCUCAUCUACAAAGUAUGACAGUAAUGGGUAUAAUACUAUGUUUUGUUUUCUGGAGACAUGGCUGAAAUGCAGUAGUUUCUUAUUUGGGACAUAAUUCUGCCAAACUGAAGAACAGAAGGGCACAAAAUUACAGAAAUGAAAAAUACAGAGAUGCAAAAAAGGAGGAAAAAAAAAAAAAAGAAAAAAAUAGGAAAAAGGAAAAAAAGAGGAAAAAAUGCAUCUUCUGUUGCUUUAAGACUAUAGCUACAAUAUGGUUAAAUUGUGCACUAUUGUGAAAAGGAGCAAAGUGUAGCUGGGGGAUUGUUUUUAAGAGGUUAAGAUCUUUCUGGACAAAGGUUCAUGCCACAGCUUCUCUGAGAGUUGCCCAUCAUUAUUUGUAGGAGCUUAGAUGUAUAAUUGUAACCAAACUCCAGUAUUAAAAGUAUCUCAUGUAAUUUUUCUUUAUUAAAAUAAAACCUUUGGCAUAUAUUUGAUAACUGCCAUUAAAAGGCAAAAUGUUUACUACCUUAGAUUUAAAAACAAACAAAAAAAAAUCUUAAACAGAGGACUUGCUUCAAGUUUAUUUUAAUAGCAGUGAUUCAACUUAUUUAAAAGAUGAAUACUUGCACUAAUUUCCCUGCUGCUCCAGUCCUGCAGUUUAUUGUAUCUUGUGACUACAUUUUUUUCCAAAUAUAGGGUAGGUGUAAGCUGCUAUUUUUUUAAUAAUCACUACUAUAUAGUGUCUUUUACUCGUUUACAAUAUCAAGUAUUUUUCUUACAAUGACAGAUGUAUAUGGCAAACCUUUUUCUGCUCAUGUGUUUGAAGUAUACUGAUAGUGAUUUUAUUUGUAAAUGAUAGCAUGAGGUGGUGUUUACGCGUAGCUGAAAAGGUUGCAUCAUGUCUUGCAUAAGAUUCCAAGACUGUAAAUUUAUAAAAAGAGAGGUUGUCAGAUUUAUGUCACAGGCAUUUUACUUAAGAAAUGGUUUAUAUUACAGAGCUUUGCAGAGUUACCAGUUUUAUAACACUAUUUCAAUCACAAAUAAUUUUGUGGCUUAUGAUUGCUAGUCUCUAACCUUUUUUUUUUAAAAAAAAUUUUUUUUUUAUUUAUUUUUCUCCCCUCCAAGUUAGAUAUAAAUUGAUUUAAUUCAGAUAAUGCAGCUUUGACAUUUUAACCACAUUGAUUUCUGCUAUUUCCAAGGAAUAAACACGACUUGAAGCAAGUCUGAGUUUGGCUAAGGUAGGGUAGCAAUUUGCCAGUGGUAAAGAGAAGUCAACAGUACAGACUUUAUAUAAACCCCAGGAUUAUAAUACUAUCAUACACAGCAUUUAAAACCAACAAAAAAUCAUAUCCAUAGACAGUCAUCUGUGGUGGUUCAGUGCCAGCUAUUUUUAGGGUUUUGGAACAUAUUAGAGAUGUUUAAAGCAAUUACCCUGUGAGUAACAAUAUGUAGGAAAUCUGUUAUCUUGAGUGUCUGGCACUUGAAAUAUUGCUUUUAUUGCUGGAGGUCCAUGACUGUGGCUGACCUCUGUCAUUUAAUGAAAAAAAAAAUAAAAAAAGAAUUCUGUGCAAUAAUUUUAAACUGUGCUCCCAGGAAUAGACACAAAUGUUUUGAGUAUGUUUAAGCUGCAUUUUUUGUUUAGCAAUGCAUUUGUCAAUUGCACUGAAUUUAAAUCUGAAAGUCAGAAGUGAUUCUUGAUAGUACUUUUGUAUUUUAAUAUGGACAGUUUAUCCAUUUUCAUAAAAGUUAUUGGAUGAUUCUUUCAGCCAAUCUAAACAAUUGUGGUGGAAUUCUGUGACAUAGCUGCAAAAUCAUACAGCCAUGUUUUAGGGUAUUGCCAUUUUCCUCUUUCUCAGUCAUCAGCUGUUUUGGUUGUAAUUCUAGUUGCUUAAGUAUAGUAUCACGUAUUCAGAAAUAGAUACAACAGAGCUUCAGUAGCACAGGUCCAGGGUUUCCAGGUGCUUGAAGCACAGUCCAGCAGGGAGGUCAGAGCUGGUGUUGAGUGCUCUGGACGUGCAGGCUGAGACCCCCGAGCUGGUGUUGAUCAGCAGUGCCCCACGGUAGUGGAGUGAUGCCAGCUUCCCCUCACCAAGGAUCUGGCCAAUAAGGUAUUUUAUUGUUGUCCUUGACUAGCAUGCCACAGUGCUGCUCCUGCUCACGCCUCUUCUCCCCUCUUGUGUUAAAUGCUUGCAUGCAAGGUGUGCUAGGUUCUGUGAUUAUGUGAAGAAAAAAAAGAAAAGAAAAAAAAAACCAACAACGAAACACCCCCCCCCCCCCCCCAAAAAAAAAAAGAAAGAAAAAUUAAAAAAGAGAACCAUGACAUUAAUUAUUAUCUUUUUUAGCACAAAGACCUCGGAUUGAAUAGUGAGGUAGAGGAUCCAAAUUUUCCCUUAAUUGAGUAUGCCAAAAGUCAGUAAGACCCUAACUUCCUAUAAACACAUGCUUAGUCUUGCAUACCAGGUAAUUCUGUUGCACCUCUUUUCCAAGAGUGAAGGCAAAGUGUGCAUAAGCCUUUGCAUACAUCAGAGUUCCUAUUUUUUUCCAGUUUAACAUGAUAAUGGGCAAAUUUCCAAACAGAAUAAAAGGAAGGGGAAAAAUUGGGCUCAGAAUUAAUGAUGGAAUAGGAAAUGAACUGCUCGUCAGUUUGCUGUCUUUCUAUGCAUCCAUCUCAGAAUCCUGUUUCUCAUUUCUGUGUAAUUAGGUCCAGGUUUCUGUAGAGUUCCUCUUUUUCUAUUUUUACUUUACCUUUUUCUGCAUUUUUAAAUUAAUGUAAAGAUUCCCAACCAGUGGACUUUUUAGUGUAGUUAAGAGAAUAUCUAGGUCCUCAUAAAAGCUUUUUUAGACUCUUUGUAAUGUUGAUAAACUCAGUUUAUUCUGGGACUACAAUUGUGCAGGGUUAUUUAGUGUGUCUACUAGAUGAUUGGAAAACUUAUAUGAAACACUAAAAGUGCCUCUUUUUCUGAGUUGGGUGGAGGGAGGUAAUAGUUACCAGAGUCAGAAUGACAUGGCAUUUUGAAGCAUGUUUCUUGAUUUUAUGACACUUUAAAUGCAUCUUGAGAGAAAGGCCAAAGAUUUCUACCAAUUUUAAUUAAUUUUCAUUUAAAAAGCACUCCUUUUUCCUUAUACUGCUUACCUCAUGCUAGGGUAUUUAAUGGGACAUUGUACCUUUGAAAUGUUCUUUGUGUUUAGGAAAAAGAAGAGGUGGCAUAGGGCGGUUGUGCCGCUUUGCCUGUGGAGCAUCCUCAGCAGCCGAUGAUGCGGUUGGUUCUGCUGAAUGAAGGAAUUUAAUUAAACUGGCAGACUGGGUUUUUCAGCUUGUAAAUACAAGGUUGUAUGUUUUUUGUCUGUUUAGUGAAGAGGAGCCUUGGGACCCGAUUUUUUUUUUUUUUUCCAAUCUUUACUUGACCAGAAAUCCCAUUGUGUUUCACUUCAUGAGAAAACCUUGCCAGAAUAAUCAUAGGAGGCGUUGGAUCUGUAGGUAAAAAGGAGACAUCUCCCUCGAUCCAAGACUCCCUUUGGCUUCAGGGAGGGUUUUGCCAGAGCAGGGCCUGCCGGCUUUAUCCCGGUGUUCCUUUUCAUUGACAAGCCUGAUAGCUUCUCCCUUCACCAAGUCCUGUAGAGCCAUUCCCCAGUGGGAUCAGUUUCACACUCUCCAGAAGUCUGAAGAAAGCAGAAGCAACAUUGUGGCAUGUUAGAAGCAAAUAUGGCUUCAGGAGACAGCAGUAAAUCUCCAUCGAGAUCCCUGACAUUUUCCAUAGGGAGAAAGCCAUGGAGCAGUCUUCACUUCUCCCUCUAGAGAAAGCUCUGAAAUACCACGUUCUAUGAAAGUGUGGCUGUCUUCACUGUCAGUCUGAUGGAAGGCAGACAAACCAGGAAAAUCUGCCCUUUCUUAGGGAUUGCGGAUUUAGUGUUAAUAGUGCUUCAGAUCAGUAGUUUUGAGUACAUAAUUCGCUUUCUCUGCCUUUAAGUUUGAAGCUUGACAAUAACUUGAGGCAUGUUUUUGUUUCGUUUUCUUUUUUUAAAUAAUCAUUCAUUUUUACUUCAUAAUGUUUUUUGACAUUUGUGGGUAAAUACAAGAAAACAGUCUGCAUGUUGUUGCUAGUCCAGUGUACUUUGCAAUCUUGUCCUCAACAGACUGCAGUGUGCAGAACAGUAAUUCUAGAAUACAAAAGUAAUUUUCUCUCUCUCCUGACAUUGACAUUGUAGUUGUAAUGGUUUCAUUUGGAGUUACAAAUCCUUUGGGUCUAAUUCUGUGAGCCUACCUAUAGCACUGGAUUAAAAUGUCUGCAUCAUUUCUUCAGUUAUCCAGUUAAAUUACAACUGUUGUAAAAGUGUAAACCAGCCCAUGACAGUUUUUUGUACUUGUUUAAAGGACUUUUAUUGUUCAGUUUUCAUGAUUAUUGUCUAAAGAAGACUGAUAUAGAUGUUCUAUACUGUCCUGGACCAUGUUAAUUACACUUUAUGAUGUAUUUUGGUUCUACGUCACAAUGAUUUGUCCCCAAGGCCCUUAUAUCCCUUCUAGGCACAUUUUCUGUUGCAGUUUCCCUUUGCAUUGUAUUGCUUUGACAACUGUAAUUUGAAUCAGAUCUGAAAGAGGUCCAGAAUAAAAUAUAUUUUGAUAUUA